AUGAUGGCAUCUCUGGUAUCCAACAGGACUCGACGAAACCAGUCUCUGGACCUGACUAGUGUCGACCCUGAGACACGCACGAUUGUGUUCAAGAACCACUGGUCUCAGGUAGUGAAGAUCCUGGAGAAACACGACCCUUUACAUAUUGCUGGAGGUCAUGGGGGCGGAGGUCACGGCUUUACGGUCGGAGGUUACCGGUUCCGGGGAUUUCGACACGGCCAGGUCCCGCUGGACGAGGCGAGCGCCGUGCAGAACUACGUCGAGCACAUGCUUUUCCUCCUGAUUGAAGAGGAGAGCGGUGAGGCUGGAGCCAUGGGUCCCAUUCUAGAGUUCGUCGUCAUGGAGAACGUGAUGGAGCGCCUGUUCGUCUGGAGCCUGAGGCGCGAUUUCACCGACCAAUCAAAACUCGAGCAGCUUAAGAUGUAUGAGAAGCUGAUUAGUCAGGCCAAGCAGCCACUGUUGCAUCAUAAACCGAUUUUAAAGCCGCUGAUGAUGCUGCUGUCAUCCUGUGCUGGGGCAGCAACUAGUCCAGCAGUGGGUGUUUCAUGUUCCAUGGCAGUGGAAAAUGAACUGGUUCUUCUUCUCCAUCAGCUGUGCGGUGUGGUAUCUAAUGAUCCCUCAGUCCUAGAACUGUUCUUCCACUCCAGCGAGGAUCAGGGAGCUGCAAACUUCCUGCUCUUUUCCCUACUCGUUCCCUUUAUCCACAGAGACGGGCCCAUGGGGAAGCAGGCUCGAGAUGCCCUGCUCCUCAUCAUGACUCUGAGCAAUGAUAAUCAGCGCGUUGCCACACACAUUGCCCACAACACCUUCUUUUGUCCGGUUCUAGCUACAGGUCUGAGUGGUCUGUACUCCUCUCUGCCAGCUAAGCUGGAUGUGCCUAGUGAAGACUGGCACUGUAUUCACAUGGAUGAGUGGCAGCAUGAGCCUCCCCUUAUUCACUUCCUCAACUCACUUGAGUUCUGCAAUGCUGUCAUGCAGGUGGCUCAUCCCUUCAUUAGAGAUCAGCUGGUUGGUUACAUUUACAAUGGCUUUCUUGUUCCUGUUUUAGCACCAGCACUGCAUAAGCUGACUCUAGAAGAAGUAAUGACCACCACUGCAUAUCUGGAUCUUUUUCUGCGAAGUGUAACUGAACCUGCGCUACUCCACACUUUCCUAAGCUUCAUCCUCCUCCAUCGUCAUGACAGCGUGCACAUCCUGGACACACUCGUCAGCCGCAUUAACACACCCUUCCAGUUGGGAACUGUAUCACUCUCUCUCUUCCGCACCCUGAUUGGUCUGUACUGUGAGGACGUCAUGCUUCAGCUCAUACUCAAGUAUCUGAUCCCGUGUAAUCACAUGAUGUCGAGUCAGAGGCACGUUCUGAAGGAGACUGAUUGUUAUUCUGUCUCCGCUGCCAAAUUUCUGGCUCUGACUCCAUCCUGCUGCACUCCAGAUCUCAUUGCCCCACCAAUCAGACAGCUGGAUUCCAUUGUGUGGUCGAAGGUCACUGACGGAUCCCACUCAGGAAAUACGGAAAUGGAGAAUAAGCUCUCCGUUGAUGAAGAUACUGGUGACUGGUGUGUGAUUGGCUCAGAGAUCCACCUGGACGUCAGUUACCUGCAUUACCUGUACGAAGCACGUAACGGCAUCAGCAACUGCAUGCGUGCGUGCCGCGUUUGGUCCGCUCCUUAUGAUGGCAGGAACCCACCUCCCGAGGAGAAAUCACAGCGCCGCGUGACCUCACAGACCAUUAGCAAUAUCGCUACAUCCAGUGGCAUCGAACUCGAGUGGGACGAUAGUUUCGACGCUGGAUCUACACGACCCGCACAGGAAGAGCAGGAGGAAAACGGCAAUGUAGUUCCUGUACAGAGUGAACCACCAAGGCACAUCCAGGAACUUAGAAAAACUGCCACUCAGCUUGUUAAGGGCUCGUACAUCGAAGAGUCUGAUUUUCAGAACGACGUCAUGGUGUACGAUCUGGUGGCUCAGAAGGAUGCCAAUGAUACCGCUUUCCAAAAUCAAACCGAAUCCAAUCAUGUUACAGAUGAAGCAGGUGUUGAUGUGUCAGCGAGUCCAAUUCAGGAUCCGGCCCAGGAUUUAGACUCCUUGGAUGAAAGUUUACAAAUCCAAAAUGGCUCGAGCUUUUCCAAUCAUCAAAACUCUGAGAACUGUGAAGAAAACAAUGGGAUCCAGAGUCAAGCAGAUCACAAUUCCAAUCUUUCCACAGAAAACGAGGAUCUGUUGACCGAGUACGACGACCUGAUUCGUAAUUUAGUUGUCGACGUCAAAAGUCCCACAAAAAUGCACAGAGACUUUAGGAAUACUGUUUCAGAAGUAGGGGAAGAAGUUGAUUUUAACUCGUUUUCGGUUGAAACACCAGAAUCAGAGAAAACAGCCUCACCUUUUAGGAAUAAACCUGGCAGUGGGAGCAGAAGUCAUGCCAUACCUUUUACAGGGCCAUUUGUAAGCGUCUUGCUCUCUCGACUGGGGAACAUGCUGGAUAAUUCUUUGCAUGUAAACCUGCUGUUAACGGGAAUUAUUGCUCAGCUUGCUGCUUAUCCACAAGCACUGCUGCGCUCCUUUCUGCUCAAUACCAGCAUGGUGUUUCAGCCCAGUGUUCGCUCCCUGUACCAGGUCUUGGCUUCUCUGAAGAAUCAGAUCGAGCAGUUGGCAGCAUCACAGAAGGAUUUUCCUGAACUUCUCAUGGCUGCUCAGCAAUGCCUACUGGCCAGAGAGAGUUCAUCUAAAGCACAAGAUUCAACCAGUGCUGGAAAGAACACGCUGAACCGAUCCGUCCAACCCAAGGUGGUGGUUCCUCCAAACAAGACGGAGGUAUACGCCACCGUGGUCUUCACCGAGUUCCUUAAAGAACUGGCCGCUAUUGCACAAGAGCACUCUGUUCUGUCUCACAUUCCAGUAGAGGAGUAAUAGAGUUUUUUAAUAUUCACCCAAAUACAUCACCUACCUGUCUUCCAAUCUCUCUCUGGGGGUAUAGCUACAUUUUUCAAACUCCUUUUCACUCUGCUGGAUGUACUGUGAGGUCUCGAACGCAGCUGGUGUAAUAGACCGCUGUGUCACUUAAACGUCCUAAUUGAAGAUAAAUAAUAUAAUCAAUUUAACAGUUUGAGUGGAAGGCUUGCAUAAAUUCCAUUAGUUUUUAGUACUUACUAUGGCCAUAUUUAUAAUAAAUAGACAAUGGCUGCAAAUAUAUUACCUUCCAUAAGCUUCUAACAAAUAGGUCAAAGCCAUGUACUUCAAGAAGGACAGAGGGAGGACUGAAAGUCUUUCACUGGUAAUAUAAUUUGUAAUGACAAACACUGAGAUAAAUUUAAGCACAAUGCUACAUACGGUGUCGGAAUUAUGGCUCCCACUGUAGAUGCCCAUUUAGUUCUAGUUGUACAGUAUGAGCUUCUGAUGAAGCAGUAGAGCUUCACUGUUUUAUUUUCAGCUACUUCUUAAUUCUUUAACACCUUUUAGAAUUUUUAAACAAAUCUUCAUCUG